AUGCUAUGACUUAUGUGAAUGCCAUUCCUGAACUGGAUGGCAACAACUAUGGGAAAUGGUACCAGAAAUUGGAGAUAGCUCUGGCGAUGGCCAAUAUAGAUUUGGCCAUCACAACGCCAGCUCCACAAGAACCAGAAAAGCCCGUAAGGGCACAGAAUGAAGAAACUGCUGCUUGGGCUAUCCGAGAGAAGAAUUAUGACUCUGCUAUGACCAGAUAUGAUGCUGAAAAGACACGUUGGAAUGAUUCCAACCGCAAGUGUCUUAUGGUCAUGAAGGGUUCCACUUCAGAUGCCAUCAAGAUGGCGAUCCCAGAUUGUCACACCGCUUCAGAAUAUUUAGCAAAGGUGAAGAGUCAGUUUACUGGUUCUUCCAAGGCUUAUGCUGCCAUUCUUGCUGAGCAGCUUAUCACCAAGAAAUACACUGGCGGUGGCAUCAGAGAACAUAUAUUAGAAAUGAGCCACAUGGCCAACAAGCUUAAGACAAUGGACAUGCCUUUGCCAGAAAAGUUCAUUGUUCAGCUGGUCUUCAAGUCCCUACCAAAGGCGUUUGAGGCAUUUCAUGUCAACUAUAAUGCUUUUCCAGAAGAUUGGGGAAUUGACAAGCUGAUUGGCAUGUGUGUUCAAGAAGAAGAUCGCCUUAAGAACUCCAAUGGUGGUGAACUUGCUUUUCAAGUUCAGCACAAGAAAAAGAACUUUCAGAAUAAGAACUUCCAGCAUAACAAGAGACAUUUCCCACCAGCCAAGAAUCAGCAUGAGAGUGGCUCUUCCAGACCACCUCCACAGAAAGACUGGGAAAAUUUUCCAGUUGAACAAGACCAGUGCCUGAAGUGCAAAAAGAGAGGGCACUACAAAAGGGACUGCCCAGAAUUUCUGAAAGAGUUGUUAAGAAAGGGGAUCAAGUAUGAGGAGGACCCUUCCAAGAGGCUCAAGAAGAAUUAAAGUUGCAAACGGUGUAGAAGCUGAAGUCGAAGCCAUUGCAGAAUUUCAUUUAGAAUUACAUAGUGGCUUUGUACUUUGUUUGAGAGAUGUUCUUUAUGUACCGUCUUUGCAACGAAACUUAAUAAGUGUGUCUAAAUUAGAUGAUGACGCUAUUGCUUGUCAUUUUUGUGAUGGCAAGUGUAAGAUACAAGUUAAUUCAGAAUGUGUUGGUCUUGCCUUCCGACAAGACAAAUUAUAUUUGCUUUCAUUAUCUGAGAAUGUGAAUGCAGUAUGUUCUGAGAAUAAAAAUGCCUCCUCAUAUGAGAAUGUUACUAAGAAACGCAAACGAAUUGAUGCAAUUUCGUCGAAAUUAUGGCACUGUCGUUUAGGCCAUAUUUCGAGGGGGAGAAUAGAGCGCUUAGUGACAGCAUCAAUUCUUCCACCGUUAGAAUUUUCAGAUUUAGAACAAUGUAUUGAUUGCAUUAAAGGAAAAUUCGUUAAGAACAUAAAGAAAGGUGCCAAACGAAGUGCGGGAAUUCUAGAAAUAAUUCACACAGAUAUAUGUGGACCAUUCCCUGUCACUACUGUAGAUGGUUAUGUUUCUUUCAUAACAUUUACAGACGAUUACUCGCGUUAUGGCUACAUUUAUCCAAUCAAAGAACGAUCAGAAGCAUUGGAUAAAUUCAAGAUAUUUAAAGCAGAAGUAGAAAACCAACAUGAUUUAAAGAUUAAGAUAGUCAGAUCCGACCGUGGGGGAGAGUACUACGGUCGACACACCCCCUAUGGCCAAGUUCCAGGACCUUUUGCAAGGUUCCUUAUGGAAAAUGGCAUAGUUGCCCAGUAUUCUACACCGGGCGAGCCUCAGCAGAA